GGGGGCCGGGUCUGCCCACGGGGCAGGACCAGCCGGCCGGGGUGUGAAACCUUCGAGUGGCGCACGUCCACGCACGGCAACUUUCCUGCUGGACUCCACGACGGCCUCACUCGUGUGGCUUUGGGCGCCCGGGGAGGCGGGGGUGGGGGGCCCUGGUGGGUCAGGGCUUCACCAGCCGGUGAGGGGGCAACGAGGCAUUGACAGAGUCUGCCCUCGGACAGGGUGGCGGCGGCGGCGCGCUGGGCAGGAUGAACGUGGGCACGGCCCACAGCGAGGUGAACCCCAACACGCGGGUGAUGAACAGCCGGGGCAUCUGGCUCUCCUACGUGCUGGCCAUCGGGCUGCUGCACGUAGUGCUGCUCAGCAUCCCCUUCUUCAGUGUCGCCGUCGUCUGGACCCUCACCAACCUCAUCCACAACAUGGGCAUGUACAUUUUCCUGCACACGGUGAAGGGGACGCCAUUUGAGACGCCGGACCAGGGCAAAGCCCGGCUGCUGACCCACUGGGAGCAGAUGGACUACGGCGUCCAGUUUACAGCCUCACGCAAGUUCCUGACCAUCACCCCCAUUGUGCUGUACUUCCUCACCAGCUUUUACACCAAGUACGACCGGUUCCACUUCAUCGUCAACACUGUCUCCCUCAUGAGCGUGCUCAUCCCCAAGUUACCCCAGCUCCACGGGGUCCGCAUCUUUGGGAUCAACAAGUACUGAGCUCGCCCGGCCCUCCUUGCCCUCCCCCCAGGGCUGGUGAGAGGAGAAGAGUGGCCCAGCCCGGACCCUGGCCUCCAUCCUGCAGCUGACGGACCCGGCGUAGCCCGAGGAGCCCCGGAAACAGGAGCCCCCGAAACAGGAGCCUGCUUCCACUCUCCCUUUCCCUUUUGGAAACUGGAGCCGAUGGGGGAUGUCUGAGGAGGGGCUGGCCAGGGCCACUGCUUUCCAGGAUAUGUGAGGCAGGGUGGGGGGAGUCCCCUGACCCCCCACCCCCGGUGACCUCGACCCUCAUGACCCCGGGGAGGCUGGACGAGAGGCCUGGCGGGGGUUGGGGGGAAGGGGCGGGAAGGGGAUCAGGGGUACGGUACUUGUUCUAGAUUACGUUCACUUUAGUUUUGUCAGGGGGCACUAGGGGUGAGUGUGGGAGGGUCUCCGUGUGUGUGUGCGCAUGUGUGUGUGCGCGUGUUGCUACAAGGCAACAAAUGGGGUAAAGGAGUGCAACUCCUCCUUGGAGGAAGAGAGCAGAGGGGAUGGUAGUUUCAACCCUCUCCCUCCCACAGAGUUUGGCUCUUUGGAUAGGAGUUGUCAGUUGUGUGUUUGCUUCAGUUGGAGACUCCCCGGGGACGGCUUCCUGGGGAAGGGGAGCUGUUCCCCUCCAGAUCUCCUUUUUAAGGAAUUGAGCCAGGUUGGACUUGGGUCUCCUCAAUCCUAGGGUGGGCCUUGACCAGUCCUCCCCUCCACCCCUAGGCCCCUGCAGGUUGGGGGGGAAAGGGAGGAGGGAGAGGGCUAUGAAUGGGACGUGAAUUUUUUUGUGGGGGGAGAGGAUGGGGACCCUGGCCGGGCCGGCACUGUGUCUGACUCCAUGGCCUGCACAGCAGCCUCAGUGGGGGAGUGGGGUGGCGAUGGAGGGUGCUGGGGUCCCGGGCCCCUCAGGAGACCGAGAUGGGGGUGGGAGGGAGUCGGGGUGGGGGGCAGGGCGUUUGCCCACCUGGCUCAGGCUGAAAGUUUGGGGGUGGGGGCGGGGGCCUGUCUGAGGGAGGGGCUGUCCUGUCCCCUGCCCUAGGUGCCUAUGUUUGAGUUGGGCCAUCGGGGAGGCUGGUGUCCCCACUUGCGUGGGGCGUGAAGAGCCUGGCCCACAUUUCCGAGGGACCCCCUUCCCCACGGGCUGGAGGGAGAAGGGCAGGGCCGUGCCUGGGGUCCCAGCCCGCAUCCCCCACCUGCCUGCCCAGAACCCCCCGGGAGGAGCAGGAGGGAGGUGGAGCCUUACUGGAAACGACAAUCUCGUCCGAUCGCUUUGCUGGCUGGUCGUUGCACCCGAGUCUGCCCAAUCUUGGGGCUGGGGGCUUUCUCUAGGCAAGAGGUGUGGGGCUGCCCCUUUCGUUCUGUGGGGGGGGCCUUAUGCCCCCCCCCCCCCCCGCCCCAAUAAACACCUGUGACCCAGGCUCCCUGUGUGUGAUUGUGUCCCGUGGGCCUGGGGCAAGCCUUUAGAUGGGCUUUAGGGCUUCCCCGAGGGAUGAGGAUGUUUGAGACCCUCGUCGCCGUCCUCCCCUCCCUGGGCUAGGUGGCCGGGAACAGGUGCGGGGGGUGGGGGGGGCACAGGGGCAGAUGGGAACAGCCUGGUCUUGGGGGUGAAUUCCCUGCCACCCCCCCUUUUAAGGAGGGAGGUGGAACGCAAGGAUUCUCUUGGAAGAAGCCAGAUCCUGGAUAAGACUUUCCAAAGGCUCAUCGAGGGGGCUGGGCACGGGGGUAGGAGAGGGUGGGGGUCAGCUCCCCGCCCCUCCCCGGAGCUGUCCUCUGGACUUCUCCCCACCCCCAAGGGAAUAAACACAACCCACUGGAAGCGAAGUGGGUACUCGUACCCCCUUGAGGUUGGUUUAGAAUGAGCCCCUCGGACGGUUACCCCUUUUCACCAGCCCGCAGAAGUGCGGCCCCUGCUAAAGCCUUGGCGGAACCUGCUGGCCGCCCCUUGGUUUCUCUGGAGACCGGGUCUGUACAGGACAACCAGUAGCAAGAAUGGGGAUUGGAAGGGAGGCUGGUGCUGGUCUGCCCACCAGGUGGGCAUUGCCCCCAGACAGCGCUCCCUUGUUUUUCCCCUUGGGCUGGAAGCAGUUUGGCAUCAGACCCUAGUCUUGCAAAGAAUUGGGGGUGGGGGACUGUUCACUGGAUGAGGGAAUGUGUGUGUGAGAAUGUGUGUGUGUGUGUGGGUGCGUGUGUGUGUGCGCCCACCCCCUGGAUCCCUUUGUGUGGGACCUGGGGAAGGACCUGGCCCACUCCGGUUCAUUCUCACCCCAACCCCUACUCCGGCCCUCUUUCUAAGACAAAAGUGUGAAUAGGAUUUUUACUCCCCCUUUGUACAGUAUUCUGUAAGCAGUGGAUAAAGAACAGUAUUCCCGUUUCCCCUA